AUGGCUUCUACCAAGUCAAUGCUAAUAGAACCCAGCGUUCUGCUCCCGAUUUACACCAAGCUCGGGGGGAAUGCACUCCCUGACCCACCUGAGCACGACGGAACACACGGUCUGGAACUAAAUUCCCAAGAUUCGAAGGUCCAGGCUCAAGUGGCGGUGACGGAUAUUUCCUCAGGCCAGAGCAGCACAGAGGCAAAUGACCAUAGCCCGAUCGAUCCAGAGCCGAAUCUCGUUGUCGAUUCACCAAUCUCGGAAGCAGCCGAUCCUGAUCCGUUGCCGAAGUCUGCGCCAACACGGCAGGAUUCAGCCUGCUAUUUAGAUGAAAGGUCUACAGCCGCGCCUGUUGUGCAUGAUCUCGGACAUGGAGAGUUUGGGGAUUCUAAUGGUGAAGCAGCGACCAAUAAAGUCACACCCGAAUGGCCGAAACCCAAUGUGUCGGCGCUUAUCAUGGACCUUGGUGAUGUGUUGUGCAACUGGACUGCUCCGGCGGCCCUGCCAAUAUCGUCAGCAAUGUUGCACCGGCUUCUCAAAACUCGCUUCUGGCAUGAAUAUGACUCAGGUGUAAUUACACAAGAAGAAUGCUACGAGGGUCUUGCUAGACAGUAUGGUCUCCUGUUGUCCGAUGUCGCAGAGGCAUUCAAGCAGGCCGCAGAUUCCCUCAGUCCUGAUCAAGAGGUUUUCGGCAUGAUUCGAGACUUGAAAAAUACUUAUCACGGCUCCUUAAAAGUCUUCUUGAUGUCGAACAUUCCCUUGCCUGAAUGGAAGGCUUUGGAGGGGGACACACGGUACGAUUGGACCUUGUUUGAUGGCUUCUUCAUCUCCGCUCAAGUGGGCAUGUGUAAACCGGAGCUCGGGUUCUUCCGCCAUGUACUUGACAAGAUCAACAUGAAGCCGAAAGACGCCAUCUUUGUGGACGACAAUGCCGAAAAUAUCCUCGCGGCACGAUCCAUGGGCAUCAGAUGCCUCAGAUACAGAGAUGCUGCAGGGUUGAGGCGAUUCAUACACCACAUCUUCGAUGAUAGAGUCGAACGAGGACGCCAGUGGCUGCAAAGGAACGCUAAGGAUAUGUGGUCUGUUACCCUCGAUGGACGAGAAGUGAGAGACAAUUUUGCCCAGCUCUUCUUAUAUGAAGCGGCUGGUGAUUUAAAUCUUGUCUCGUUGACAUUCUACGAGCGCACAUGGAAUUACUACAUUGAGAAACCCAUUGAUACCAUUGAAAGGCACCCCGACGAUAUUGAUACGACUUCGCUGGCGAUGAUCCUCCUGCCCCAUGAUGUCGUCAAGGCGCACUCGAUCCUUGAUGAGGUCCUGCUGUACACAAACCGAGAUGGCAUCAUUCUCACAUACUUCGACAACAAACGACCCCGUAUCGAUCCCGCCGUUUGCGUCAAUGCUCUUCGGUUUUUCUAUAAAUAUGGCCGCGACGACUUGUCCGCAUUGCAACCUACAAAAGCCUGGGUUUCGGAUGUCCUGUUCUACCGAGCAUACCUCGAUGGAACGUAUUACUACUCUAGUGGAGACGUCUUCUUGUACCUUUUCAGCCGCCUUCUAAGCGCCAAUCCCGAGAGCGACAUUUACCGCAGCACUUGCGCUCUUCUGCGUGAACGAUUGCAAGAACGAAUCGGGUCACCAGGGGAUACGAUAGAACUGGCCAUGCGCGUCAUUGCUUGUCUUGAUAUGGGACUCAAGAAUAACGUUGACUUGAGGAAGCUGGAAGCAUUGCAGGAAGAAGAUGGCGGGUGGCCGAUUGGCUGGCUCUGCCAGACUGGAAAAAUCAGUCUGAAGAUUGGAAGUCGAGGUGUUGCGACAGCGUUAGCGGUAAAGGCCAUCGAGAUGGCGCGGAAGAACCAAUGA